AUGUCGAUGCAGGAGGAUGCGAAACUGUAUCACAUCGUGCGGCUCGUCAUCAUUGGAGUGAACUCUGGCGACAAAGGAGAAUAUAAAGCCGUUGCUUCCAACAAACUUGGAGAAGGUGUCGCUAGCAUCAACCUCAAUUUCGAUGCUGGCUCAGAAAAGCCGAAGAUCCCAGAAGGAAAGCCACCGCGAUUUCCCAAGAAACCCGGGAUCCGACAGCAAGGAGAAAUCCUCAUCAUGGAAUGCGUUUUGGAAGCGCAUCCCGCUCCAACCAUUCGGUGGUUCCAGGGCUCAAAGGCAAUAGAACCGAAUGCGGAUCCAAGGAUCAAAAUGACGCAAAAAGUAACCGGAAAGGACACUUAUUUGUUGACACUCGAAAUCUCAAAUCCGACCAAAAGCGACGGCGGACAAUACCGUUGCAAUGCUCACAACGCUUGCGGGGAAAGCAAUGCUAACAUUUCGCUCAAUUUCCAAGGAGGUGAAGAAGAGCAGCAAAAGCCCGAUGGCUACGCACCCACCUUUUUGGAAAAACCCAAAAUUGUUCCGAAUGCCACUGGCACAUUAAUCACCAUGCAAUGCAAAGUGAAAGCGAAACCAAAGCCAGAAUUUGUCUGCAAUGGAAAUGCGUCGACUGACUGGUGGUUUAUGAGAGGUGAAGAAGAGCAGCAAAAGCCCGAUGGCUACGCACCCACCUUUUUGGAAAAACCCAAAAUUGUUCCGAAUGCCACUGGCACAUUAAUCACCAUGCAAUGCAAAGUGAAAGCGAAACCAAAGCCAGAAUUUGUCUGGUACCGAGGAAAGGCACGGGUUAAAGAAAGUACUCGAAUCUGCAUCCGAACUGUGGAAAUCGAUGCAGAAACGUUUGAGUACUAUUUGGAAGUCAAGGAUCCCGGAGCAGACGAUACGGGUUCUUACAAAUGCCACGUUGAAAACAAGUUCGGAGAAUUGAACGCGAAUCUGAACCUGAAUAUUGAGGUUGCACCCGUGAUCAGAGAGAAGCCAAAAGUCAUUCGCAUCACCAGGGAAACACGAACAGUGGUCAUUGAAUGUCGUGUCCAGUCACAAACUCGACCGCAAGUAAUUUGGCACAAGGAAUCAACAGUCGUUCGAGAAGAUUCGAGACACGUUAUUCAUAUUAAAGAGGCAGCGAAGGGCGAAUAUGAAGUCCAACUUGAAAUUGAGCAAGCAGCCGAGUCUGACAAGGGUUUGUACAAGUUGAUUGCCAAAAAUGACAAAGGUGAAGCAACGUCUUCAGAAGUCGUUGUCACUGAAAUCCCGGAACCGGAAGAGGAAAAGAAGCCGGAAAAGCCAAAGGGGACGAAACCUAGCAUCGCUUCUGGUCUCACUGGAACGAAAGUUAAGGUUGGAGAAAUGGCAGAGUUUUCGUGCAGUUUGGCCAAAUCUGAUCAAAAGGCGUCGGUCACAUGGUACAAAGGAUCGACGGUGAUCAAGGAAACGAAAGAAAUUUCGACUUCUUUCACUGGAUCUCUGGCUAAACUGACCAUCAAAAACUGUUCAGCCGAAUACAAUGGCAUUUACAAAUGCAUCAUCAAGAACGAGUUUGGAUCCGAGGAAUCCUCUGCAAGUCUCACAGUUGAAGCAGUGGAAGAGAAGAAGGAGGAGAAAAAGGAAGAAAAGAAGGAAGAGAAAAAGGUUGAGAAGAAGGAAGAGAAAACUGUUGAAAAGAAAGAGGAGAAAACAGUUGAAAAGAAGGAAGAGAAAAAGGUGGAGGAGAAAAAGCUUGUGAAGAAGGUUGAACAAAAGGAAGAGAUCAAAGUGGAAAAGAAAGAAGAAAUUAGCCUCAAAAAAGUCACAAAGAAAGAGGAAAUCAAAGUGGAAGCAGUCGAAAAGAAGGAAGUGCAAAAGAAGGACGAGACGAAGAAAGAAACAAAAAUCAAAUUCUUAGAGCCCGAGGGAAUCAUGGUUACCGCCAAUGUGGCGGCUGUUGCUGAAAAUAGCGGAAUUGCAUUGGAAGACCUGGAGGCAACCCUUGGGAUUAAAGCCACGUUGAUUUCAAGAAUUCUGAGGGGAAAGCUGGACUACAACAACAAAAAAUUUGCAGGAAGGGCGCCUCAUCUUUUGUGUGGAGAGCAAAACUCUGCCAGGCCGGGUUCCUUUCGGAAUACACUAGAAAUGGCCACCCGGGCGAGCAACCCUUUGCUAAAUUUAGCGGCGUGA